AUGAAGAAGCACUCGGCCCGGGUGGCCCCGCUCAGCGCCUGCAACAGUCCGGUCCUGACCCUCACCAAAGUGGAAGGCACAGAAAGACCCAAAGAGAGCUGUGCCGCUUCUAAGGCUCAAUCCUCAGUUGGGGUGCUUACGGGAGGCAACUGCUCAAAGUCCUGCUGCCGGUGCUCGGGGCCGAGGCUCCGCAAGCUGAGCUGGGGCCUGGCGGUGGUGCUGUGCGUGUGCGCCUCCUGGGCCGGCUCCACGCAGCUCGCCAAGCUGACCUUCCAGACGUUCGACGCGCCCUUCACCCUGACCUGGUUCGCCACCACCUGGAACUGCUUGUUCUUCCUGCUGUACUACGCGGGCCACGCGUGCAAGGCCGCAGAGAGGCAGUCGGUGAGGCAGCGAUACAGGGAAUGCUGUCGGUUUUUUGGAGACAAUGGCUUGACUUUGAAGGUGUUUUUUACCAAGGCAGCACCCUUUGGUGUUCUUUGGACACUCACAAACUACCUGUACUUACAUGCAAUAAAGAAAAUAAACACUACGGACGCCUCCGCGCUCUUCUGCUGCAACAAAGCGUUUGUGUUCUUGCUCUCAUGGAUCGUUCUCAGGGACAGGUUCAUGGGCGUGAGGAUCGUGGCCGCCAUCCUUGCCAUUGCUGGGAUCGUGAUGAUGACCUACGCGGACGGCUUCCACAGCCACUCUGUCAUCGGCAUAGCGCUGGUGGUGGGCUCCGCGUCCAUGUCCGCCCUCUACAAGGUUCUGUUCAAGCUCCUCCUGGGCAGCGCGAAGUUCGGAGAAGCCGCCUUAUUCCUGUCCGUCCUGGGCGUGUUCAAUGUCCUCUUCGUCUCCUGCGUCCCUGUGAUUCUCUACUUCACGGGGGUGGAGUACUGGAGCCCCUUCGCUGACAUCCCCUGGGGCAACCUCUGCGGGUUCUCCGGCCUCCUACUCACAUUCAAUGUUGUGUUAAAUUUUGGAAUCGCUGUGACCUAUCCCACUCUGAUGUCUCUUGGAAUCGUCCUCAGUGUACCUGUGAAUGCAGUGGUCGAUCACUACACCACCAACAUCGUCUUCAACGGCGUCCGGGUCAUCGCCAUCGUCAUCAUCGGCCUGGGCUUCCUCCUGCUGCUCCUGCCCGAGGAGUGGGACGUCUGGUUGGUCAAGCUGCUCACCCGCCUCAAGGUGAGAAAGAAGGAAGAGCCGGCGGAGGGCGCCGACCUGGGCCCCGGCCCGCCGAGCAAGAGGAGAGCCCGCCCCUCCUUCGCCCGCUGA